UUUUUAACGGUGAACCUUUUUCAGCGCCACCAAAGAGCUGAUAAUAUCAGUAUGGAUGUGCGCACUAUGCCGCUCGGCGCUGAGCUCCGGCGCUGACACGGAAGCGGCGCGCGCGCAGCUCUCGCGGUGGGCCGAGCCGCCGCGCAUGGCUCUCCUGCGGGUGUUGUCUAACGCCGACGAACCUACCAACAAACACCGGCUCCUCUGCCGGCUAGCGCUCUGCCUCACCACCCCCCCCCCGGACCCCGCGAGCCUCCUCCGCGCCCAGGAAGCCUGCCCCGCCGUCUCUCAAGCAGACCUGGUGUCCUGGGCCAAGUCGCCCAGCGUCAAACACUUGGCCAAGUGUGCUGCGGCGCUGUUCCCAGCGUCCGAUCAUUAUUUUGCUGAAGAAUUGAGACUGGCUGGCGAUUAA